AUUUACUGCACAGGAAACAGGAUCUGUGGAAGCUCCGCCCUUCACAUUGAACUUCCUCUGCAAAGUAAACGGUUUUCUGACAGCAGCCACAUUUGUUUCCUCCUCCAAGAGGCAUCCUGCAAAACACCAUCACACACUUGACGACUGACUCCACCAUGAGUGGGGGAGUGAAUGUGAAGAGUCUUCCACAGGCCCAGCCGGGCUCUGCCAUCCCUCUGCAUAGAACCAGAAUCCCCUCUCCAAAGCCUGAGCCCAAAAUGACCAGCAGUAGCCUGCCGAGACCUUCCAUACACAUCCCAGGGAGCAACCGAACCAACUUUAGCUCCAGCUAUACCACUAUCCCCUCCAGAGACAUGCUGAGGGACACCACACUAAGAAACCAGCAUAAGCUGCUAAGAGGAAGCCCACCUGCUAAACGUUCUUCCACCAAUCCUCCAAUAGAUAUCCAAGACUCAAGAUCAGCCCAAAGCAGUCCACAAGUUCGACGUAAAGAGUCCUCACUUCUGAGGAGUUCUCUGGAUGCGUCCAGGUCUGAAAGUUUGCUAGACCUCCGGUCCAACAUCAACAAGAACAUCCAGAGUGGGUGCUUUCGUUUUCAGAUGGGAAGAAUAGACAAUGGUAACGGUAUGAUCUCUGAAAGAACCAAAAACCAGGAGGAGAGCGCUGUUUCCCUAAGCAAAACAGGAAUUCCUUCGUGUAGAUUCGGCAAUAAGAAUCUGAGGUCAGGAGCUGUUAACACAGAUACAAGUCUCCUCAGAGUCCGGAGAGAGCGAAUGUCUUUACAGAACAGUGCUUCCAGUAGCUUCUCAGACGAGGAGAUGUGUACUCCAGACCUCAGCCCAGAGGUUCCACAGAGACCACACCCAGAGGCCACUGCAGCUCCUGUGCAUCAGGAUACUUCCAGCAUACACCUCUUGAGGGCCAAACAGACACCUAAGGUCAACAUGGCUGCCGUGGCACCGUUCAGAUACAGGGUGCAGAUUCAAGAAGACGUCACAUCACUGGAUGAGCUCAGCGACUGUUCUUCUGACUCCAUUGAAGUCAACUGUGAAGAUCUCACUACGGGAGGAAUGCUUGGGGGUAGCCCAAGAGGACAAGGAGUAGAUCUGGAUACUGAAGCUGACAAAACCUCCAAAGCCAAGACCCCUCUGGGCCAGGCGGGAGCCAAAGGAGUUGGGGGCAUGGCCACAAAAAGAGGAAAGUCUGGGCUCCCGCAAGCUGCUCCUCGGGCUGAGUUGAAGGUCUACCGAGGUGAGGGUCGUCUUCCGGUGCCCAACAAUCUACGCAAACAGAAGUCUAUGACCAAUCUGUGUGUGCUUACGGACUCUGAGAAAAAGAUCCACCUGUACCCGCCCAAGUGGUCCGAUGAUAUGGAAAAGCCUGUGACGGGUCAGAACAAGUCAGGCAAGCCCAAAGAUGCUGGAGGAGGCACCGGGACGGGUAUCCCACUUUCCAAGAACCUUUCCAAAUCAGAACAUUCUUUGUUUCAGGGAAAGCCAAAACCCUUUAGUCCACCUUCCAACCUGAGUAAACCCACUCGGAUACCUAGGGGUCCUUACGCUGAGGUCAAACCCAUUAGCAAGGCUCAAGACCUGGCAGAGGACAGCAAGUCUGAUGAUGAGAUACUCUCAAGCAAAGCUAAGGCUAAUGGUAGGAAAUCUGUAAGUGGCACCACAGGCGCAGCCACCCCAGGAGGUGGAGGAGGAAAAGAUGCAUCAGAACCUGAAGAAGGGGACAAGACCUUCCUAAAGGUGGAUCCAGAACUGGUUGUAACAGUACUUGGAGAUUUGGAACAGCUUCUCUUCAGUCAAAUGUUGGAUCCCGAAUCCCAAAGGAAACGCACUGUUCAGAAUGUCCUCGACCUCCGGCAGAACCUGGAAGACACCAUGUCUAGCUUGCGGGGCUCACAGCUCAGCCACAGCUGUAUUGAAAACACCAUGUGCUACGAUAGCGAUGAGACGAACGCUCGCAGCAUCUCCAGCUUAUCCAAUCGUUCUUCACCUCUCUCCUGGCGCCAGGGUCAAUCCAGCCCUCGCCUGCAGGCUGGCGACGCCCCUUCCUCAGGGGUCACCGCGCACUCCCUACCGCUCCGUGCAUCAAUGCAGAUCAGCCACCUGCAGCGCAUCCAGCUAAUCGACACUGCCGAUGAUGACCUGGCCGACCUCAAGUCUGGUUACCUUAGCGACGGCAACCUGACAGGAAAGAGCCAACCAGAUGAUGAUGAUGAUGAAGACGAUGAUGAUGUAGACGUUGAUGAUGACGAUCUAGCCAAUGAUUGGGAUGAGAGCAGCUCUAUCAGCAGCGGUCUGAGUGACGGAUCAGACAACCUCAGCUCAGAAGAGUUCAACGCAGGCUCCUCCCUCAACUCUCUGCCGACAACACCCAUUGGCUCCCGGCGAAACUCCGCCAUCGUGUUGCGCACCGAUGCUGAGAAGCGAUCGCUGGUUGAAAGUGGCCUUUCCUGGUACAACGAGGAGGGCAAGACUCAGUGCCAGACCGAGGGAGGAUAUGACACGGGCAGCCUGAAGGCAGAGUCGUCCUGCAAGUGGAAAAAGAACAGAGCGCAGGAUGACGCGGCCGUCAAAGGUGAACUGAGGAAACCGCAGACGCUCGGACACCCGCCAAGCGGACUGAAGAAGGGGCGCAACCCUCCGAUAGGCGUGACCUCCCCUAUAACGCACACGUCACAGAGCAUGCUCAAAGUGCCAGGAGCUCCAAAGAAUGAUCAGCGUGUCCAAGACAAAGCCAAAACGUCAGUUAAAACAUCAAGUUUACACCGAUCAAGUUCAGAUGCCGGGAAAGACCGCGGCGAGAACCGAAAACCGCCAUCAGGCCUCGUUCGUCCGUCUGCCGGCACGGUAAAGUCAUUCGGUUACAAGAAACCGGCUCCAGCUAACAACACUGCUGCUGUGCUAACACCUAGUGGAAAUACUGGUGGAGAUGCCACAACCGUAAGCAAAACGCCCAAAACCUCUGGUAUUCCCGUGAAACCCUCUGCUGGUGGAGUAGGUGCGGGACGUAAAAUCAGCCUUGAUGUUUCAAACUGCGAUCAAGGCUUCAUGGCCCCAAAUGCACGUAAUAACAUUCAGUAUCGUAGUCUCCCGAGACCCGCCAAGUCCAGCACGUUGAGUCUGACAGGUGGGCGUCCGGGCGCUCGUCCGGUUAGCAGUAACAUGGACGCAGGCCUGCAGGGCCUGAAAACAGUUCCCACCCAGUCCAGGUUAAAAGAACCGGGCAGCAUUAAGAGCGCUCACCGUGCUAGUACAGGAGGGUGCGGUCCGGUUAAUCAGACGGAUAGGGAAAAGGAAAAAGCCAAAGCGAAGGCAGUGGCGUCUGAUUCAGAGUGUGGCGGAGGAGGAUCGUUGAAGAGCGGUGCGCUAACACCAACACAGAAUGCACUGGAACCACCUUCCAAACUACUGGGGCUUCGGCAACCGUCCAACUUAGGGAAAUACUCUGAGCUGCCCUCUCCAAAUUCUCAGAGGCCAUCCAGUGCCAGAUCUCUUCCCAAACCUGCUCACAUUGACAAAGUUAACUCCAAUAGCCUGGACUGCGGGAUAGUGGAUGUGGAGAACAAGCUUCCUCCUAAAGUCCCACCCUUCUCCAAGUUACAGGAUCUGUCAGGGAUGAGCAGUGUCUCCUGUCUGACCCCCAGCCCAGCUCCUAUCCUCAACGUCAACUCCUCUGAAUGCUUUUCCAGUGCCACCGUGGGCCGAGGAGGGAGUGCUGGUGGCUCCCCGUCCAUCUACCCACGUCUCUCUGGACUUCAUCGGAGUAUGGAGUCUUUGUCUCUACAGAUGAGUGUGUCUCCAGCAGGGGGCAGUGUGGCUGAAUCCAGGCCCAGACAUGAGGACAGAGGGACGGGUAGUGGCUGGUCAGCAGGAAACAGAGUCUCGCUUACUCUCACAACAGACAGCUCACAAAGGGACAGAAAUACUCUUCCAAAGAAAGGCUUAAGCCAACACAGCUCCUUGCAGGCUGAGGAGGACAGUAAAGAGAGACGUCACUCUCAUACCAUCAUGAGUUUGACAGAGAUGGACAGCCCGCCGCAGUUCCCUUCACCUGUACUGACAGGAAAGAUGCCAAUAACAAGCAUCAUGUCACCCAGUCCCACCUCUGGCACACCCAGGAUGACCCGAUCCAACAGUAUCCCCACCCAUGAGGCCAGUUUUGAGUUGUACCAAGCAUCUCCACUCGGUAGCACCUUAUCACUCGUCGAGCGGCCCAAGAGCAUGAUCCGAUCCGGCUCAUUCAGAGACAGAGAAACAGGCGACGAUGUUCAUGGUUCAGUGCUCUCACUGGUAUCUAAUGCAUCCUCCAGCUACUCUUCAGCCGAGGAGAGAAUGCAGAGCGAGCAAAUCCGUAAGCUGAGGAGAGAGCUGGAAUCUUCACAGGAGAAAGUGGCCAAUCUAACAUCUCAGCUAUCUGCUAAUGCGAAUCUGGUGGCAGCAUUUGAACAGAGUCUUGCGCUCAUGACCUCUCGUCUUCAGUCGCUUUCCUUUAGUGCUGAACAGAAGAACCGGGAAUCGUUAGGCAGAACUGGAACCGGAAUCGAAACCGGAAAAUUUCUUACGAUACCCAACCCUACUCACAAUACGACAUCUAUCACGGACACUGAAUUAAUAGAGCUGAGAGACACCAUUGAAAACCUACAGGCCAAAAACAUAGAGGCGCAGGCUGUCAUCCAAGGGGCCCUUAAUAAUCCUGAUGUGGCACCGAAAGAGCUGCGCAUGAGGAGGCAGAACUCAUCAGAGAGCAUCUCUAGUCUGAACAGCAUCACCAGUCACUCCAGUGUGGGCAGUCUGAAAGAAGAUGCCAAGAAGAAGAAAAAGAAGAACUGGUUGCGGAGUUCUUUCGGCAAGGCGUUCAGUAUUAAGAAGGGAUCUAAAGGUGGCACUAUGUACUCUGACAUUGAAGAGAUCGCCACUCCAGACUCCUCUGCCCCUAACUCUCCAAAACUGGCCCAUGAAGACGGAGAGAACCAGCUUCCUUCCCUCCAAUCCACCCAAUCAUUUGCCUCCUCUGUGAUCCAUGAGAGUAAUGAGGAAAACGAGGGUGAUGAGAGGGUUGUAUCAGAGCUCCGGUCCGAGCUGUGGGAGAAAGAGAUGAAGCUGACGGACAUUCGUCUGGAGGCACUGAGCUCGGCACACCAGCUGGAGCAGCUACGGGAAACCAUGAACAGCAUGCAGAUGAUGGUGGAGAAUCUGAAGGCAGAGAACGACCAGUUGAAAACAGGAAGUGCUCCCUUCUUCUUUAGUCCGCCAUCCGGUCCGCCCUCAACUUCCACCUCUCAGCCUUCAGGCCUGGCCAGCCUCCUCAACUCCAGCCAAAACAAACCACCCAUGUCCCUCACCAAGUCCUUCAGCCUCAGCCUCAAUGAAUGCUCAAACCUUGACAUUGCUCCCAUGGAGCUACUUAGGUUGCCGUCUCAAAAUGAUGACAGCUUCACGCGUGUGGUGGUCCGUAUUGCUGACCAGCAAGUGUCCAGAGAGGUAAGACAACAGGAUUUCUACAUCGGCUCUGUGAGGGUUGAUGUAAAUACAGACUGGUUUACGUUGGACACAAUCAUCUCCGAACUUUUCAAGGAUUACAUUUCCCAGGUGGACCCCGGUGCUAGCAUGGGAUUAUCAGUGGACUCCAUCCACAGUUACUGUAUUAAUCAGAACAGGAGGGUGUUAGGAGGAGACGUCCCGGAGAGCUCACCCAGUGACUGUUUAAGAAACGAUCCUGGACUCAUUACUGUUUCACUUAAAGGGUUUAAGGAGAAAUGUGUGGACAGUCUGGUGUUUGAGACGCUCAUCCCCAAGCCCAUGAUGCAACACUACAUCAGUCUCCUGCUGAAGCACCGUCGGCUGGUUCUGUCGGGCCCAAGCGGCACGGGGAAGACCUACCUCACCACUCGCUUAGCCGAGUACCUGCUGGAGAGGAGCGGCCUCGAGCCCGGCCCAGGCCACGUCAUAAACUUCAACAUGCACCAACAGACCUGCAAGGACCUCCAGUUGUACUUGUCUAACCUGGCCAAUCAGAUUGACCGAGAUUGUGGCGAUGAGGACGUUCCAUUGGUCAUUAUUCUGGAUGAUAUCAGUGAUGCGUUUUCUAUUACAGACUUGGUCAACAGCGCGUUGACCUGCAAAUAUCACAAAUGCCCAUAUGUCAUUGGAACAACCAAUCAGCCUGUUAAGAUGUCGUCCAAUCAUGGCCUACAUCUCAGCUUUAGAAUGAUCACCUUCUCCAACAAUGUGGAACCUGCGAAUGGGUUCUUAGUGCGUUACUUGCACAGGAAGUUGAUCGAGACGGAGGACGAGAGCUCGGUUCAUCGUACUGAGAUUCUGAGGGUUCUUGACUGGAUUCCUAAACUUUGGUAUCACCUACAUACUUUCUUGGAGAAACACAGCACCUCGGACUUCCUCAUAGGACCUUGUUUCUUCCUAUCCUGCCCAGUAACGUUAGCAGACUUUCGGACCUGGUUUAUUGACCUCUGGAACCAGUCUAUUAUUCCUUAUUUACAGGAGGGAGCCAAAGAUGGUGUGAAGGUCCAUGGCCAGAAAGCAGCAUGGGAGGAUCCAGUGGAAUGGGUGCGGGACACGCUACCCUGGCCUUCAGCUCAACAGGACCAGGCAAAACUCUUUCACCUUCCUCCCCCAACCAUCGGUCCCAACUCUGCACCGACACAACAACCAAGUGACGCCAGGUCCAUCAAAGAUACCCCACUUCCCACCAUGGAGUCAGAUCCACUGAUGGCUAUGCUGCUGAAACUCCAGGAGUCUGCCAACUUCAUCGAGUCUCCAGAACGGGACAUUCCAGGCAACCCCAGUUUUUAGGCUGAACUGAAAGACUUAAGCGGUCUAUAAUGGCUAGAGCUGUUAAACACACUCUGCUUACGGAUCUCACACAGUCUCCUCCGGCGGGUCGGUGAGAGGACAAGAAACUCUGAACCUGUUUAAGUUCGAAUGCUCGAAAUGAAAGAGCAAUAGAAGAACUGAUCCUACCCGAUCUGAGCAAGCAGCUUUUUUGCACUGUUGUCUUAACUCGUCUUUCCUUUUGCUAUCUAACCUGCAAGUUGCAUGGCAAUACUUGCGACUAAGGAUUGUGAAGAUGAGAUCUUCUGGUCUACCAUGCUGGAAGCAAAAUAUCCUCCACAUCUUUUCAGUUUGGUUUUGUUCUUGGUAACCUGACCAUAAACUUAUUUAUUUUUUAUUUGCAAGAGUGUCAUCCAUAAGAUACCUGAACCCUGUUUCUCAAAGGUGCAGUUGCAGUAUUUUACCAUUAGGACUAACUUGCAAGGAUGCAACAUGUAAAGUACAAGUUGGUGCUUAGAAUUCAGCCUUAAGAGAUACCCGUCACAUACCAUGAAAUCAGUUCUAUAGAAAUCUGAGUAUAAGUAUAUAUUACCUCACAGUUUGCAUACUGAUGCAGUUUUAAGGUGCAGUACAUAACCAUUACCAGGUUGCAUUUAUCAUUACCCUCAAAUAGCGUGAUAUGACAGCAGAUGUAGACUGUAGAUCACAGUGGCUGCUUCUUCAAAGAUGCACUUGGCUUCAUAGCUUUCAAGUUAGAGCACGGGCUGUGUUUGAAACCUUGGGGCAUUCACUCGUAAUUUGAGGUGACAUGAGCGACAGCAACUGUCGGCAGUUUGUCGAAGUUUAACUUUAUGCAAAUAUGCAACAACGCAGACAGCGCUUGAGCAGGAACACCAACCAAAAGCACAGCGACUUGCAAACUCCAACUGCAUGAAUGUGGGAUAAUAACAGAGGUGCUGCCAUCUGGUGCAGUGGAGCAGUAUGCAACAUCUCACCUUCAACAACUUAGUUUCAACAUCCAAGGUGCUUCUGGAUCAUGAAGAUAAGAUAAUCGAAGGCUUUGUUUACAUUGAAAGACCCAAAUCAGAUUUAAUGAAGAGCUUAGUUGUAGACUAAAGUCAUUGUAGUCUUUGUUAAUAUAAAGCAACCAAUGCAGAUGUUGACUACGCUGCCUGAACAAACAGUCAGUUGGAAAAAUCUGAAUUGUGUUGAGUGUGAACAAAGCAAAAAUGGAUUCAACAAAUGCCUUUGUGAAGUCUGGACGUUCAAAGCUAAAUAAUAUCCAUGUUAGCUUCUAUAUGCACUUAUAUCCUUUGGUCUUUUGUAACAGCAUAGCCAAUAUUGAAAGACAUCAUACUUUAUUAAGAAUCAUUCCAAUACUGUUAUCAUGAUAAAAUACAUUUCAAUUCAACACAAUUUAAUUUAAAAUUAAACACAAAACAGGUAAUAAUAAUAAUAAUAAUGGAUGGUGUACUGUUACUGAUGAUCGUGUUUGCUAUUGGCUGACUACAGAUGCACCAAAAUUGUACCAACGCUAUCUCACGGCAAUUCGUACGUAUUUUACGAGGUUGCUAAUUCGUACGACCUUAUUCGUACGUUGUUGUACGAUUUGGUUUUGCCCCUGUGACGUAGCCAAUAUUGCGUUAAGGAUGCGUUUCGUUUUUGUUUUUUAUGAUAACUAUAUGUUUUUGUAUGAUUCACUGUACGUAAAAUACGUACAUAUUCUCGUGAGAUUAAGCUGAAGGUACUGUAUGUGCAUGAAAGCUUUAACUUUGCGGUUGUAAUUGGCACCUUAACAUGAGGAUGUGUUGGCGACAAAUGUACAGUAGCAAUCUUUUAACUUAAACUACUAACCAACAUCAGAACAAGCAGUGUAGCCGUGUCAUAUAUAGCAUUUAUCAACAAAAACUUGCCAUUGUACACAGAAGUGAAGAAUGUAUAUCGGUCUGCUUUGAUGAAAGUUCGGUUUGCCAACACACCUCGUUCUCGUGAUGCUUGCUUUACCGUGCUUGUGUUCGUCUGUCCUGUUAACGUCAGACACAGCUCCUCUAAUAAACAAUCAGAGGAGUGUGUUUUUUAAAAUCCUUUUCUAUGAUUUUUUUAGUCUGACAUGUGUAAAUAGGAUUUUUCAACAAAAAUCCCAAAACGCAAAAAAAGAUGUCAUACCGCAAACAUCAAUGUCAUAGUAUAAACUAAACUAAACGCAUCCGGUUAAAAUACAUUACGUGGACGAUCUUAGUAACCAUCGAAUUUCUCAGUCGCCUCUCUCUUCAUAGCCUGUAGGUGAAGGAUAACUGCCUAGUAACUAGAUCAAGUUGCCUACAUGAACAUUUUCUCUGUAAGUAUCCUCUUCCGGAUCAUACAAGGUAUUGAACGGCUUUUACCCAUGCUGCCCACAACAACCCAAAAACAAAAUGUCACUUCACACGAGUACCUCAAAUCUGUCUAACUCUUAACAGCUCAUUGUGUGAUCAUAAACCUAUGCUUAAUAAAUAGUUUGGGAUUUGGAGAAGACUCCCCAUUGUUUGUCUUGAAAAUGUGCCUACUAGAAGCCAACCUGUUGGACAUUGCAAUACCUAAACUAUUAUGUGUCUUGCAAGGGAUUGUACGCUGUUGGGGAUAAGAAUGUGAGCUAACUUGCUUUUUUCUAUGCUAGCUGAUUAAAGAUUCAAGCUUGCUGGUAGUCUUGUUUUUAAAAGGUCAUUUAAUUCAAGGCUACUUUGCGAGCUGACAGAAACAUAAGCCAUUCUUUCACUGAUGUCUUUUUCCUUAUGUGACUCAUACAGUAUAUUUGCCAUCUUAAUAUCGUGUGCUAUAUCAGAUCUUUUUUUUUUUGCAUAAUAUUUGUGGCCUGGUACAGUUUGGAGGGUCUAACUAACAGAGAGGGAAUGUUUCAAUUAAUUUAUUUUUAUUUCUACUAAUGCUGAAUGUUCAAGCAGACAUAAUAAUGAUAUGCUUUAUAAAAUGUGUUUUUUUACUUGAUUUACGUGAAACAUGCCAUACAAGGUUGAGUUUUGUUUAAUCAAAAGUGAUUUCUGGGUUGUUGUCACUAUGCAGUACAGCAUUUUUGUUUGGGUUCAGUUACAGAUAGCAAUGGUGUAUGUGAUAAGCUAUGGUGUAGAGAUUUGAUGGUGUUUUAAUGUUGUUGAUACAGUGUGUGACGCCAUUGUUUGUCUGUGGAAAAACACAUUGAACCUACCUAUCCCACUGGGAUUUCAAACGAAAUUUCUAUCUUUUUCUUCAUUUUUUUUAAUGAAAUCAAUCUUGCUUUCUCUUGUUUAAUAAAUUUUUCUAUUUUGUAUAGAGCAUUGCAACUGUAAACAUUGUAAAUAGUUAACGCAUUUGCGACCACAAUCACAGUAAAAUAUAAAAAAACAUCUGGCCCUGGGUUGAAA